UACGCAUAGUUGAACUUUAAGUCAAUAACAAGUCGCAACAUCUUAGUUAGAGCUGCAUUUGCUUACCAUCACAAGCAGACGAUUAUCCAGCCCAAGAGGCAGUGGUCUUCGAUGUUUCCCUUCAAAUCAUGCAUGUUUUAAUCUACCCUCGAGUGGAAUCAUCUCAACCUUGGGCUUACGACUUGUAUGACAGAAUUUUUAGACUAACCAUAAGCUGACCAAACACCAUCCAAUCUCAUGACAUCUCAUUCAAUCCAAGACUGCAUUUCUUGUCUCAAAUCCCAAACGUCUGCAAACCAAGUUCCUAAAGUAUUUAACGUCUUGCAAGACUUCGAGGAGUCCGGAUUGGACCCACUUCUGGGAACAUUUUCCAACAUUCUGGGAAGAGACACAAUCCCACAUGUCUUAAGUUUCUUGAGGACUUUUAGAGUUCUUGAUGUAUCAGACUGCGAGCUCAUCACCAAUAGAAAUGUUCAUAAAACAACACAAGAGGAAAUAAUGGCUUUAGUGGACAGGCUGAAUACAAAGGGGCCCCAUGCAUAUUGGUUCUUUGUACACGCAAUGGAAUCACUAAACCAAGACUUUUUCGAUCAAAUGCAUGGGAAAAUUAUUUGCUGUGUUUGUGAAGAUGUCGCUCAAAACUACAACCUUGUGUCUCAGAAGGAAAUCGUAAAAGAAUGUUUGUCAACGGAGCCAUCGGUUCAAAUUUCCAAGCAAAGAGAAAUGAUAAACGAUCUGCUUGGACGUGUCGAACAGCUGAAAGUUAGUUUCUCGUAUCUGGAGAAUAGUAUUACGGACAUCAUGGACAAGAUGAAACCCUUCCCUGGCAUGGUGGGAAACAUCUCCCAACGGGUCAGAAAUGAAAUCAAAGAUGUCAUUCAACACCCCGGUGCUGAUGAAGAAGUUGGUAGCCACACAAAUGUCGGUGUCAUUAAACGCCUUAAAGUAAAAUGCUCACAAUUCAGAAGACAAAUUGAAUGUAGAUUACACUCGCAUUCAAGACAAGUUCAGGUAGACAUGGACGAUAUUAAAAGUGAUGCACUUCAAGACAUUGUGUGCAAAGAGCCGAAACCAAUCGAUGAUGACAACAAAAGAGAAAGCAAAGAACUUCUCCCUUGUCGAACUUACGAAGACGUGUGGAUCGAGUUCGAAGAUCGCUGCUUUGAGACGCUGAGCCAAUGCAAUCCUUUUGUUGCAAUUCAAAAUUCUCUUGGAAAUGUUCUUCUCUUUGGACAAAAACACAAAGCCAAGGUUUGUUGUGCUGUUGGUUUAGCAAUUUGCAUGAAAAUAGCAGCAUCGUAUCUUCUGGAGUAUAGUGAAUGGACAGGCGGGCCUAGGCCUAUGGUUACAUAAACUCAUGCAUACCUCAAACAGUUAGACUUAGAACAGCCUCUAGACCCCUCGCAGCAUAAUCCUAAUGCAGCUCAAUUGAAUGGAAGAAACAAUUGAGCUGGUUUGAGAAUACUGCUAGGAGUUUCAUCCAAAACUCUCGAUCCGCUAACUUCAACAAAUCAGUCAUCCUCCCUUCCUCUUCUUUUCAUAAAAUUCCUGACCUUUUUUAGCCAAUAUGACGGGGAUUCAAAGACAUCUUAGGACUGACCUCACCCUGUCUACGUUGCGAACUCAGGUCAGGAUGUUUUGCUGGCGGGUACGUUUGACCAGAUAUGUAUAAAUGAACUUGUAUUUUGACUAUUGUAGAGUAAAUUAUCUCGUAGUUCUGUUGAAGGAACUAAAGAUUGAUUAUUUUCUAACGUAGCCUAUGGGCCCUUUUCAUAAGUAUGGUGGAUGCGAGGCUAACAAGUAAAUACAAAGACAUUCCCAUUUUUCUCGAUGGAAUUUGUGGCAUUUCUUUUGUAUUGAAUUCGAAUACUACAUACUAAAUCGUGUGUUCCAAGAUCGAAAUGCAUUUUGGGUCUUAUGUAAUAUUGUCUUAAAUAAAUAUUAAUUAUUUCUUUUGAUGUUAGUGCAUUCCAUUAAAACAAUACACUAACUACAGUAAAGACCAACUCCCAAUAUAUUUACUUAUCAUUUUUUAUUUCAAAAUACCGGAACCCACAAUGCCUUUUUGGUCUUGAGAUACAUCAUUGAGUAUGCAAUAUUAACUCGAAAUUCUUGAAAUUGAAAAAUUUUUUUGAAAUAGCUGUAAAAUUAACAAAAGUAUAGUAAUAUUAUCAAGCCAUAGUUGUAGCUGGUCUAACGAUAUUAUGGCUUGCUGGCACAUUUACCACUUUUAUGAAUUGUAUAUUUACCACUUCUAUUAUGAAUUGUAAAGAAAAUAAAUAUCAAUGCUAGGAUUUGUA